AAGAUUUCCAUCAGGUUUGAUACAAGUGCGCUCCUAAAAAUCGACUAAGUCUGUGGCGAACACUGAGACACAAUGAGAACCCUUUGUGUCUUCUGCUGUCUUUUCACAGUUACGGUGACACUGGCUGCUGAGAUUAACGUGGAGGGAACUGAAGGCGGAGAAGUCUCAUUCAAGUGCUCUCACAAACUGGCAAGUAACAACAAAAAGUACUUUUGCAAAAAGCCGUGUGAAAACAAGGACAAACUGGUGGACAUAUCGCCUGGUGAAAUGAAAACGUCUGGAAGGAUAACGCUGGUCGACUCUGGCGACGGCUCCUUCACCGUUUCCAUCAAACAUCUUGAGCUGUCAGACUCACAGCUGUACUACUGCGCUGUGAUCAGGUCCGUGCACAAUACGUACACGUCAGUGAAGCUUACGGUACAUGAGGCUUUUAAAACAACUGUUCCUCCCAUUGCUACUUCCCCCUGGUUUACGAACGUCACCAACGCAAGAAAGACGACAAACGUAAUGGGAACAAAUACAACAAGAGAUUUCUUAAAAAAUGUGAACGGUACUACUGCAGAUGGAACUAGCACCAACCUCAGCCCCAUGCUGUUUGCUGCAGCCGGGACCACUGCUGCACUCAUAAUUUUCAUACUGACUAUGUACUUCAGGAAACGCAGAGAAAGCUCGAAACCUCAGCUUCAUGUUCCCCCCCACAACAAAGACCCCAGGAGUAAGAUGAGUGAAAGUAAAUGUGAUGAAAUCACUGCUAAAAGGUCAUCUGAGGGCAUAUCUGUCAGUAUUAACCACCUAAGGCAGGGUGCGCAAAUAUCUUCCGGUCCAGGAAUUGAAGGCUCAGUUUCCCUUCCCAUUUAUGAAAACCUCUCUUGCACCAGCGGUGCUUCUGGUUCAAGACAUUCAACUGCAGACCAGCAAAACAUCAAUGAUAUGGAACACAGGAUCUACAUCACUCCAUUGCCUUGGGCAGCACCAGAAAGGGCAGCACCAGAAAGGACACCUGGCAGCUUUGACAGAAACUCAACAGAACCAUUAAGGCUAGAGACAGCCAACCGAAUAAACAGUGUAUCUCAGUCUGUCUCCACUGAACCGCCUGCCAGAUCGGUUUGGUUUGGUUUAGAUGUAUCACAAAUAAAUCCUGUUUAGGAUGGUUUGUAAUACUACUACUUAGCAAGUGUACUAUACCCAGGACUUUUAUGCUUUGUUAGUCAUGAAUGGUAAAAAUAAAACAUCUACUGUCAGUUAUGAAGAAAUUUGAGGGGAAAUAGUAAAUUAUAUUACAUGGUAUAUUUUAGUGAAAUGAUUCAUUCAGCGUUUUAAGAAUAAUAUGCUAACAAUGAAAUUUAUAGAACGAAUAACACUUUUCCUAAACACUUUGUAUAUAUGAGUUAUGAAGCUGAAAUAUUGUGUUUUGUGUAACCACAUGUUAGCAAAAACAAGCUGCUUAUUUAUUUCUGGCCUUCUAACAAAUUAUGUGACUGUUACUAUAUAAAUGUAUUGCAUUUGUACUUAACACUGAUAGAUGUUCACCUAAAGUGUCAAAGGGUGUACAUGUGUUGUCUGGGCCAUUGUUCAUUAUCCUUAAAUGUGUAAAUCCUCAUAACUUUUCUCAGUAAAAAUGUGUAAAAUAGAAAUAUUAAAGGAGCUAUAAGUAAUACUGACAGUUUGUGGCUGAAAUCAGUACAGCAGCUUGCCAAUCACAACAAUCUAAUAUGCCAUUUUUAAACAGUGUGUUGCUGGUGUAAAUUUUUACUUCCACAAGUAGAGGUACUGUAUAUG